AUGUCCAAGAAGGGCACGGGCGGCCGAGGCAAGGGGGACAAGGCGGAGCUCCUCGCUGCUCUGCAGGCCGCCAACGAGGAGCUGCGGGCCAAGCUCACUGACAUCCAGAUCGAGCUGCAGCAGGAGAAGAGCAAGGUCAGCCGGGUGGAGAGGGAGAAGAACCAGGAGCUGAGGCAGGUGCGGGAGCACGAGCAGCACAAGAACGCUGUGCUGCUCACCGAGCUCAAGACGAAGCUGCACGAGGAGAAGAUGAAGGAGCUGCAGGCCGUGCGUGAGGCCCUGCUGCGGCAGCACGAGGCCGAGCUGCUGAGGGUCAUCAAGAUCAAGGACAACGAGAACCAGCGGCUGCAGGCCCUGCUGCACAGCCUGCGGGACGGCGCCCCCGACAAGGCCAAGAUCGUGCUGCUGUCCGAGGCAAAGGAGGAGGCCAAGAAGGGCUUCGAGGCGGAGAAGAUAAAAAUGCAGCAGGAGAUCUCGGAGCUCAAGGGGGCCAAGAGGCAGGUGGAGGAGGCGCUGACCAUCGCGGUCCAGGCCGACAAAAUCAAGGCCGCGGAAAUCAGGAGUGUGUAUCACCUGCACCAGGAGGAGAUCUCCCGCAUCAAGAAGGAGUGCGAGCGGGAGAUCCGCAGGCUGAUGGAGGAGAUAAAAUUUAAAGACAGAGCAGUCUUCGUGCUGGAGAGAGAGUUAGGGGUUCAAGCCGGGCAUGCUCAGAGACUGCAGCUCCAAAAAGAGGCUCUAGAUGAGCAGCUGUCCCAGGUCAAAGAGGCUGAUCGGCACCUGGGCAGCCCCAGACGGGAACUUCCUUAUGCAGGCGGUGCAGGAGACGCCUCAGACCACUCGGGAAGCCCUGAACAGCAGUUGGAUGAAAAGGAUGCUCGGCGCUUCCAACUUAAAAUUGCAGAGCUGAGUGCGAUCAUUCGGAAGCUGGAGGACCGAAAUGCCUUGCUGUCGGAAGAAAGGAACGAGUUGUUAAAGCGCUUAAGGGAAGCUGAGAGUCAGUACAAGCCAUUGCUGGAUAAAAACAAACGCCUCACUCGGAAAAAUGAAGAUCUGUCCCAUACUUUACGUCGGAUGGAAAACAAGUUAAAAUUUGUCACGCAGGAGAACAUAGAAAUGGAGGAGCCCUUUGCAGCUCCUGCACCAGCUGCUGAAGACAUGGCGCCGUGGCUGGUGCUGGAGCCUCUGUAA